AUGAGUUUGACACCCCUGGACUAGCGUCUGGGCAAGAGAGCCUGCUCCAAGGAGACAGGACCAAGGACAUCAAGCUUGGGGGAGGCUAAACCAAAAAGACCAGAAUAGGUAGACUCUGCAAGAGAAGAGAGACCAGAAGAGACACUGUGUGACCAGAUGUCACACGUCUACUGUGCUCUCUCUGCCACUCUCGCUCUCUCUCUUUUUUUUCCCCCCUCAACUCUGUUGUCAUAGAAACCAAUAUUUCUCUCUCUCUCUCUCUCUCUCUCUCUCUUACCCUUGCUUUGUCCCCGCCCGCUCUCCUCUCUCUCACCGGGCAACUCAUUGAGGCAAACCGAGCGAAUCUAACCUACUUAUCUCUGCGUGCGUGUGUUUGCGGUCUGCUGCGGGUUCAGGUCCAGUACUGGUCUGGUUCGGAUCUGGUCCUGGUUAAUGUGUGCGCGUGUGCAGGUAAGCGUUUGCGCGCCUGUCUCCAGCUGGGAACCGGGGAAAGAGAGAGUGGGAGAGAGUCGCUCUCUCUCGCACCAACACUGAUUUUAAUGACUGGAUUCGUGUUCUGCUGCGCCAUGUACAUGGACACCAGCAAAGGUCCCACUUCCACCUCGAGCCCCAGUCUACAGAGUAAGAACCUCCCUCUGGAAUCAACCUGCUCAUCGUGUGACCACCAGCAGGCACUGGAUGGUGACAAUCUACAACAGCCUGGCCCAUGUAUAUCAGGCCCUGCCUUGCUUGAGGAGGGGGUUCUGGAAAUGGAACACUGCAGCUUAGCGCCCAAGCCGCAGCUGAGCGAUGACCGGGGUCGGCCAGAAUGACUGAUACAUCUCUCUGGACCCAAACCUCAGGUUCCCCCAAAGCCGCUGCAUCUCCAGCAUGGGUUGCUUUCACGACCACAAUCGCGAACUUCAGGCAAGCCUCUUCCACCUCCUCCACCAUGCAGACCACUGCCUACAGACCCCAGAGGUGGGCGCAGUCCACCUAUAUGUGCUGACGGCACUGCCUCCCCAACGUGUGUCUUAUCACUCAUCGAGAAGUUUGAGCGGGAGCAGCUUAUUGUUGUUCCUGACAUCACCGGAGGAGCGUUAUGUUCACGUCUCCCUGACGUGCCUUCCUCCAGACCUACAUCACCUUCAUCAUCCUUUUUCUUUGCCCCUUCCCAACUUAAGGAGGACCAAGCUCCUCAGCUCAAGAGUCCUGAUAACAUCAGACAGGAGUUUAAGGAUGAGCAGAAAGUGGACUGUGACCGAGGCCAUGAAAAUGAUAACGAUGAUGAUGAGGAGGAAGAGGAAGAGCUGGCUGCAGCGGGCAGUGGUGAUGUCAAUCAGAAACGUCUGUCCAUGGAGUCUGGCUACAGUGCUUCAGAAAAACAGCAGGAAGAUGAUGUUGUCGCCGUUGAAAUGAGGGAGCAGCCACCCACACCGCUACUGUUACUGGACCAAUCAGGGCUUCCGUCCGAGCGUCUGUCUCUUCCCUCUUCGCAGACUGACGGAAAACUGGCUAAUCGGGACAGUGGCAUCGACAGCAUCAGCUCUCCAUCACACAGUGAAGAGCUGUGUUUCACUGGUGUGGAUGACGUGUGCAUGGUCUAUCCAUGUAGUCCUGCUCUGCCGCCACAUCUCUCUAGCUCAUCCUUAUAUGCAGGUGAGGAAGAGCAGGAGGAGGCAAGAGAAAUGAGAACGGCCGAAAGAAGGAUUCAUGUUUCAGAGGAGGGAGACAGUGAUCUGGAGGAGGAAGAGGCAGAGCUAACACUGGUAUUGACUUCACCUCAACCUGAAAGAAAUGACUCUGUGGAGAUGUCGGUACAGCAGAGGGUGUUCAACAUCGCUAGUGAACUCCUCCAUACAGAGAUCGCCUACGUCUCCAAACUUCAUCUUCUCAACCAGGUCUUUUGUGCUAGACUCUCAGAAGAGGCACGGUCCCGGUCAUCAUUCCCCUGCGAUGUUGUUCAAGGAAUUUUUUCCAACAUCUACUCCAUCUACUGCUUCCACGAGCAGUUUCUGCUGCCUGCGUUGCAGAAACGGAUGGAGGAGUGGAAUUCAAACCCACGGAUUGGGGACAUCUUGCAGAAACUGGCUCCUUUCCUAAAGAUGUAUGGUGAAUAUGUGAAGAAUUUUGACCGAGCCAUGGAGCUAGUAAACACAUGGAUGGAGCGCUCAGCUCAAUUCAAGAGCAUCAUUCAGGAAAUCCAGAGGGAGGAGCGCUGUGGAAACCUGACAUUGCAGCAUCACAUGUUGGAACCAGUGCAAAGGAUUCCUCGCUAUGAGCUGCUACUCAAAGAUUAUCUCCACCGACUGCCAGAAGAUGCCCCGGACUACAGGGAUGCGCAGAAAUCUCUGGAACUGAUCGCCACAGCAGCUGAGCACUCCAACACUGCUAUAAGGAAAAUGGAGCGAAUGAGGAAACUGCUGAAGGUUUACGAGUUGUUAGGAGGAGAAGAAGACAUUGUCAACCCAACCAAUGAGCUGGUCAAAGAAGGGCACAUCCUAAAACUGUCCAACAAGAACGGAACCACGCAGGACCGAUAUCUUAUUCUGUUCAAUGACCGCCUGCUUUACUGCGUCCCAAAGCUGCGUCUGAUUGGUCAAAAGUAUGGUGUCCGUGCUCGAAUUGACGUCGAUGGCAUGGAGCUGAAGGAGACAAGUAGCGCAGCCAUUCCUAGAACCUUCCUGGUGUUGGGAAAACAGCGAUCCAUUGAACUCCAGGCCAGGACAGAGGAGGAAAAGAAAGACUGGAUCCAGGCCAUCCAGACAACCAUUCAGAGACAUGAACAGACAAUGGAGAGCUUUAGAUAUUUGAACUGUUCAGUACGUGACGAAGAAUCCACACCUCCUCACUCCCCGAGCUGUGCAGAGUUGGGAAAACGAGCUCCGACACCGAUUAGAGAAAAUGAGGUGACCCUCUGUAUGAAGUGUCAGGAACCGUUUAAUUCCAUAACCAAGAGACGACACCACUGUAAAGCCUGUGGCCACGUGGUUUGCGGAAAAUGCUCCGAAUUCCGUGCUCGUUUGUCAUACGACAACAAUCGGACCAAUCGUGUCUGCAUGGACUGCUAUGCCACUCUGGUGGGUGUGUUUCCUUCCGUUGGAAUGUUAGGCUCUAGCACACAGAGAAGGCGAUCCAUCUUGGAGAAACAGGCCUCACUUGCAGCGGAGAAUAGCGUCAUGUGUAGUUUUCUUCAACACAUGGAAAAAGGAAGUGGGCGGGGCUGGCAGAGGGCGUGGUUCGUCAUCCCUGAGAAUGAGCCGCUGGUGCUUUACAUUUACGGAGCGCCACAGGAUGUGAAGGCACAGCGCAGCAUACCUCUGAUUGGCUUUGAAGUCUCUUUACCUGAGUCAUGUGACCGCCUGGAGCGACGUCAUGCUUUCAAAAUGUCUCAAAGUCACUUGACCCUGUACUUCAGUGCCGAGGGCGAGGAGGUACAACAGCGCUGGAUGGACGUUUUGUCCAGGGCGGGUCGGGGGGAGGAGCCUCAUCCACAACAACCGCCAAUCAUAGAGAGCCUCGAGGAAGAGGGGGAGGAGCUAGUGGCUUUGGAGAUUGUACACACAUGAUUAUAUUGGACAAGAAACCCAAACAGUGAAGAUGACGGGGCUAAAUGAGGCCCGUUGGUCGCUUUUAAACGCAAACACACAACACACACACCCCCCACCCAAUAUUCUAACAGUUAUAUAAAUUUGCAUGACCUACCUGCUGUAAAACACGAGAUGGUCCUGGUCCAUUUGUCCAUCUUGGUGCACAUUGUUGUGGGUGGAGUGUCUUGAACCACAGUCCAUGUUUACUUACGAGCGGCCCGAGAGGAUUCUUUAACAUGAGGACGCUUUGCAUCUCUCUCUGUGAUUUAGAUUGAUGUUGUUAAAGAAUUUGACUGCUUUCUUCACCUCACACGAUUGGUUGAACUCGACUGCCAGUCUGAAUGCUGCAGCUUUUUGUCCUAUUCAUGAAGUGUGGUACUGGAACACUGUCUUUAUAAUAGUGAAAAAAAAACAGAAAAAAAAAAACGAAUUUACAAUUUACAACCGGAAAAUAUGUUAAUAUUUGAUCGUAUUGUUUAUCGAGUUAAUUACUCAUGUUUAUACUAUAUGUAAUUAUUUAAACAUAAAAGAUUGCACAAACAGAAGCGACAUAACUAAAAUAAUAAAGGUCUGGUGUAUUGAGCGACACAGUGGUGAAAGUUUACAUUGCAACGAGCAAUGGAUUGGCUUGUCUUGCUAGAGACAUCCAAACCGAACAAAAAGUUUAUUGAUAAAAAAAAUACUGAUUUCUCUUACAGGGACAGGUGAUGGUGAUGAAGGCAGCACUUAAUGAACAAAAACAAAAGUGUCCUUGUAAUGUCAAAUCAGUCAUUUUUGGUUUGAGAAGUGAUUUUAGGUCCUCUCAUCCAAGAGGCUUCUUCAGUUCUUUUUCUUUAAAUUUCAAAAUAUGGUUAUGUCCAUCAAUUUAUUUGCAGUCUUUAAGACUAAAAACUAAAGUUCUGUCCACAUUUAGAACGGUGUUUAAAAGCAUACAUGUUUAUGGUUUAUCCGCUAUAUGCGAAAAGCUCUCACAAAAGACGUUUUUUUUGGCUUGUGACUAUAAUGAACAACAGUGUGUGAUAUGGUCAAAUUUGUUCACUUGCUGAAGGUGUCUUUGCGAAUUGAACACGAAUCGUACUCAGAUUGUGUCAUUUUAAAGAUAAGGGAUGCUGCAACACUCCUGCAGAAAACUUACCAUUUUGUAAAAAAAAAAAAAAAGGUUUUAAAAAAAAAAAAACAAACAACCUGUAACUGAGAGAAAAGGGUAUUCGUCCUGUAGUAGCACCUCCUUUCUCUCCUCAGAAGCAUUUAUUUUAUAAUUUACCAGCAUCCUAGUUGUCAGAUCAGAUUCAAAUGAAGUGAAAUGUGGCUUUGAUAGUUUUUGCCUAAUAUUUUAUGAUUAAUAAUAGACCAUCUUUAACUUAUGUUACUUUUCCCUCAAAAGUUUUUUUUUAAUUAAUUUAAAUUGUAAUUUAAAUAAAGAUUUAAUAUG